GGACCUAUAAAAAGCCGUGGUUGCCACAGAGGGGACUCGCUCGCUGCUCCCGACGUGGGCAGUCGGCGAUGCUGACAAGCUGGGCAAGGACUUCUCCCCGCAGAACCGCAGCACGAAUCAAAGGAGAUGGCUGGACGCCGGACGCUGGUGGGGCUGCUGCUGGCCUUGGCGGCCGUGGCUGCCAAGGAGUCCAAGCUGAACGUCUGCAUGGAUGCCAAGCAUCACAAGAUACAGCCUGGGCCGGAGGACAACCUGCACCAACAGUGCACCCCAUGGAAGACCAAUGCCUGCUGCACCGCCAACACCAGCCACGCGGCCCACCAGGACGUGUCCUACCUGUACAACUUCAACUGGAACCACUGCGGCACCAUGUCGGAGAAGUGCAAGCGCCACUUCAUCCAGGACACCUGCCUGUACGAAUGCUCGCCCAACCUGGGGCCGUGGAUCAAGAAGGUGGACCAGAGCUGGCGCAAGGAGAGGAUCUUGUAUGUGCCGCUGUGCAUCGAGGACUGCGAGGCCUGGUGGGCGGACUGCCAGGACGACAUGACCUGCAAGUCGAACUGGCACAAGGGCUGGGACUGGAGCUCAGGCCAGAACCGGUGCCCCAAAGGCUCCACGUGCCAGUCCAUGAAGCGGGUCUUCCCGACGCCCAAGGACCUGUGCGAGAAGAUCUGGAGCAACUCCUACAAACACACCACGCUGACCAAGGACAGCGGGCGCUGCAUCCAGAUGUGGUUCGACGCCAGGCGAGGCAACCCCAACGACCGGGUGGCGCGCUACUACGCCGGGGGUGGGGGCCCCUCUGCCGCCUCCCCGUCGCCCCUGCUGCCGGCCCUGCUGCUGCCUGCACUCCUGCUCCGGCCGUGAGCGUCGCAUGGCUGGGCUGGCUUUCUGCUGCUGAGACUUUGACCUUGCAAUGCUGCUGCCAAAGUUUUUACCACAGGUUUUCUGCCCCCUCCGUCAUGGGGGGGAACGCCCUAGUUUUCAGAGAUGAGCCCUAGCUGGUUGCUGCGUGGGGACCCCUCCCUCCAGCACUCAACUCACUGCGGGGGGUCCCCACUCUGACCCCUUCUUUUCCGCCACUGUCAAACUCUGCUGGGCGGGGGGGGGCGUGAUGGGGGGAGCGGCUGGUCCUCUGUGCCACAUAAUGGAUGAAAGAAUA